GUCAAUUUUGUUUAUAAAUUUUCAUUGAACUUACUGAACACCUACUCGACACAUCUUUAUUUGCCAAUAUGCCGAUCGAUCUGUCAUGGUGGAAGCAACCGCCUCCGAUACUUGAAGACAGCCAUGAGACUUUGUUGUCUUAUGUUUUGGAUCCACAAGUCAGUUUGCACAACCCGGAUCCAUACAUCUUUCCGCGAGUACCAUGCGAACAACGACUAUAUUUCGCACCUUCAUGUUCAGCGAGUACCGUUCUUGCCCCACAAAGGGAUCUUCAAACCGGUGAUAUAACUGAUUAUACAGAAGUUUCCGUUGACGAUGCCGAAAGUAAUGCACGGAAUUCAAUGUCAUUGAGACGAGCUCCUUUGCCGCCGGAACAGGCUACUAGAGGUUCGGCUGUUAACUACCCGUUUUGGCCGGGUGGAUUUGAUGCUCCAGAAUGGAAAGUCGAUGUGUCGGAUGUGGAUGAGUUAGAUUUCGAAAAUAAUCUAUUAACCGUGGCGCCUGGAUUUCAAAAUGGUUUAGAGUUCGAUGUCGUCGAAAAGAGCGUAGUCAUCGAUGAAAGCGUUAACGACAAUGCAACGGUCAAUUUGUUGUCGGUAUUAGACGACACCGAUCAUAAUUAUCUGGGUCUAUUUAUGAAGGAAACGAAUGCCGACAAUGCUGCAAACGACGGAGACCCAACGAUCAAUUUUGGUGCAUUAACAUUGGAUGAUUCGUUAAUUGAACCAGUUGAACGACCUGUCCUGAAGAUAUCCGAAGCAGAUACGGUUAUGCGGUCAAUGGAAUGGGCUGAAAUGAUAGAUGUGUCCAAACCGAUGAAUGAUUUUGAGGUUCUAGUCCCAAAUCCGGCUCAAACGUACAGUUUCACAUUGGACGCGUUCCAAAAACAAGCGAUUGUGAAGCUAGAAGAACACAGUCACGUCUUUGUGGCUGCUCAUACAUCAGCUGGCAAAACAGUAGUCGCUGAGUAUGCUAUAGCUUUGGCCAAACAACAUAAGACUCGAUCGAUUUACACGUCACCAAUCAAGGCCUUGUCGAAUCAGAAGUAUCGCGAUUUUAAAAAGAAAUUUCAAGAUGUCGGCCUUAUCACCGGAGAUAUUCAAAUCGAUCCAACUGCCAGUUGCCUCAUAAUGACCACGGAAAUUCUCCGGUCGAUGUUGUAUUGCGGAAGCGAAGUUACCAGAGAUUUGGAAUACGUCAUUUUCGAUGAAGUGCAUUAUAUUAACGAUGCGGAAAGAGGUCACGUUUGGGAGGAAGUUCUGAUUUUGUUGCCGGAUCAUGUUAGUAUUGUGAUGCUUAGUGCCACAGUUCCUAAUACAAUGGAAUUUGCCAAUUGGGUCGGACAAACAAAGAAACGGAAGGUUUACGUUAUCAGUACGUUGAAGCGGCCCGUUCCACUGAUGCACUAUCUUUACACUGGCAGUGGAGGCAAGACCAAAAACGACAUUUUCUUAAUCGUCAACGGCAGCCAGGAAUUUUUGAUGAAAGGAUAUCGUGACGCAAUAGCGGCCACAGAGAAACAUUCAAAAACGGUACCGAACGCCAAAGACUCGAGAUCGAGAGGUGGUGGCGGUGGCGGAACAAAUAAAUCCUUUAAACCAAACGUUUUGAAUCCGAAACAAGAGCAAAACCUUUGGGUGGGACUUAUCGAUUAUCUUGAAAACAAUAAAAAGCUGCCAGUGGUCGCCUUCACUCUGUCACGUAAUCGAUGCGAUCGAAAUCUUCAGGCACUACAAUCAGUUGAUCUGUGCACAACAUCGGAAGCGUAUCACAUCCAAUCGUACUUCCAAAAAUGUUUAAUGAAAUUAAAACCAGAAGAUCGGGACAUACCGCAAAUCUUAACACUACAAGAUUCACUAAAACGGGGCAUCGGUGUGCAUCACAGUGGAAUUUUGCCCAUUCUCAAGGAAAUUGUGGAAAUACUCUUCCAAUCCGGUCACGUUAAAUUGCUCUUCGCUACGGAAACGUUCGCCAUGGGUGUCAAUAUGCCUGCCAAGACGGUUAUUUUUGAUAGUCACCGCAAAUUCGAUGGAUCCGAAUCACGUCUUUUACGUGCCGCUGAAUACACUCAAAUGGCUGGUCGUGCUGGACGACGUGGUCUGGAUCCCGAAGGUACGGUAAUUUUAAUUUGCAAAGGCGAAGUACCACCGGAAAGUGAAUUACGAACGAUGAUAUUGGGUCGCCCAUUGCGUUUGGAUUCCAAAUUUCGUCUCACGUACGCAAUGAUACUGAAUCUACUGAGAGUGGAACGGGUUACGGUGGAAGAUAUGAUGUCACACAGUUUCUUGGAGUUUGAUUCGAGAACGAAAAUACCGGAAAAUCAGGCGAUGCUAAAGGCUGCCGAAAAGGAGAUUUCCGAUAUGCAAGAAAUUGGCGAGCAUAUGCAGCCAUUGUGUCAAUUCUAUGAUAUUAGUUCCGAAUAUAUUCAGCUAAUGGAUGAACUAUUGAAUGACAGCGUCACGCAGCAUAAAAUGAUGAAAGAAUUGAAACCAGGCCGAGUACUUAUUGUCACACAAAAUCAUCACUACAAUAAACUUGGAAUUUUCCUAUCAAUUGCUAGCAGCCGGGACCUUAAGUUUAAAGUACUGAUUUUGGAUGACGUUCUCGAUAGUAAUUCAACUCCGGAUUCCCCAACUAAAAAUUCGCUUGUGAUGAAUCGAGGUGAAUUGUGGCACCGCAUGGUUUCGAUGACGCCCCAACAUAAAGUCUACAUUCCCGAAGGUGUUGGCGGACACAACAUUCUCACCAUAAAACUGAACAACAUCGUCGAUAUAACGAAAACGAAUCUGAAAAUCGAAGCCGAUAAAAUCGUCCAAAAUUGGGAACAGCGUCAAAUACCCAGAUUCAAAGACUCGCCACCCGGUCCGUCCGUAACGAAAACGAUUACCGAACUGUACAAUCUGAACAACAGCGUGAUUGCCGGCGACACGAAAUUGGAGUUUUUCAGUCUGAAGCCCGAAUUGCACACCACCACGAUUAUGGAACAGGUGGCCAAAUUGAAAAAGAAACUGGGCGAUAUCAUUGAGUGCACAAAUGCGUCGAAUUUCAUCCAGGAGUUUCCGGUAGUGUUUGAUCGCAAAACACUGGAAAAGAAGAAGGACGAGCUGAACUUUAAAAUUUCGAAAGAGAGUCUCUCGCUGUAUCCCGAUUACGUGAACAAGUUGGAAGUGCUCAAGGAAAUGGGCUACAUCGACAAACAGCAUGAGGUUAAGAUGAAAGGAAGAGUGGCUUGUGAAAUGGGUUCGAAUGAACUGAUUACAACUGAGCUGGUCUUAUGCAACACUUUUACGGAUUUGAAGCCUGAAGAAAUUGCAGCUCUGCUGUCCGGACUGGUAUUUCAAGCGAAAACGAAUUCAACUCCGCAGUUAACGGAAAAUUUGAAAAAGUGCAUCGAUAACAUCAAAGAAGUGGACGAAGAAAUCAUUCAAAUCGAAAACAAACACAAAGUUUCCACUCACGACGAGAUGAUCGCACGAGAUCGAUUGAAUUUCGGUUUGGUGGAAGUUGUGUACGAGUGGGCUCGCAAUAAGUCCUUUGCGGAAAUCAUGAAGCUGACCGACAUUCAGGAGGGCAUUAUCGUUCGAUGCAUUCAGCAAUUGAACGAAACAAUGCAAGAUGUGAAAGAUGCUGCACGAAUAAUCGGCAAUCCAGCGUUGCAUCAGAAAAUGGAAGAUGCGUCGAAUGCAAUUCAACGGAACAUUGUGUUUGCAGCAAGUUUGUACCUGCAGUCUGAGAAUAAGUAGAAGUUAACGUCGAAACCAGUUAGCAAUUGUUUUAUUUGGCGAAUAAACCGAUGAAAUUGGUUAA